UCUCAGAUGUACCGGAAGCAGCGGCAGCUAACCGGAAGUGGCUCUGUGGUUGUGUGCAAGUUGAAGAUUCAGCGCGGUCUCCUUGUUAGCUUCCUUUUGUAUGUGUUUGCGGUCCCUGGACGGUCCCUGGACCCGCCUGGACCCUGUGCCCGAGCUGCCGGCUCUCCCCGCGGGCUGCGUCACGCCAUGGCGGCCGGAGGCGCCGCUCCUCCGCAGCUCGGAGAUGUGGAAGAAGACGCUUCCCAGCUGCUGUUUCCCAAAGAGUUUGAGAGCGCAGAGACUCUGCUGAACUCGGAGGUCCACAUGUUGUUGGAACACAGGAAGCAGCAGAACGAGAGCGCCGAGGACGAGCAGGAACUGUCUGAGGUCUUCAUGAAGACCCUCAACUACACGGCCCGGUUCAGCCGCUUCAAGAACCGAGAGACCAUCACAGCUGUCCGCAGUCUCCUCCUGCAGAAGAAACUCCAUAAGUUUGAACUGGCCAGUUUGGCCAACCUGUGUCCUGAAGCAGCUGAGGAGGCCAAGGCCCUGAUCCCCAGUUUGGAGGGUCGGUUUGAAGACGAGGAGCUGCAGCAGAUUCUGGAUGACAUCCAGACCAAGAGGAGCUUCCAGUACUGAUUAUUGAUUAUUCCUUCU